AUGUGCUUCGACACGCCUGCAACCAAGAACGACGUGCUGGAGCAACAGCUGAAACAUUUUGAAGAUGUUUUCACUGUCUCCGGCGAUUAUUUGCGCGAAAUCACGGAUAAUUUUGUUGGCGUCUUGAGGCAAGGUCUUGAGAAGGAGGAUCAGGUAGUUCCUAUGCUCCCGACCUUCGUUUUCGGCUGGCCCGAAGGAAAGGAAGAGGGCCAUUUCUUAUCUCUGGACAUGGGCGGCACGAACAUCCGCGUAUGUCUCGUUGAGCUGAAAGGCAACCGCAAGUUCGAUCUGACGCAGGUCAAAUUCCGCAUUACUGAUGAGCAGAAGCAUGAAGAUGGCUCGAAGUUGUUCGAUUUCUGCGCGAAGUGCGUCAAAGACUUUAUCACGAAACACUUUGGCUCCUGCGAAAAGGUGUCGAAUCCGCUUUCUCUCGGUUUCACAUUCAGCUACCCGACUGUUCAGCGCGCGAUUGACCAUGGUGAGCUGAUCCGCUGGACGAAGGGCUUUAGCAAUCCUCACACAGAGGGCCACGACUGUGCCGAUAUGCUGCGCCAAAGUUUGAAGAAACUCGACGUGCCGGUCGAGCUUAGCUCUAUUAUCAACGACACGACCGGUACGCUGAUUGCAUCGAACUAUGUGGAUCCGUCCACCAAGAUUGCUGUGAUUCUGGGCACCGGCUGUAAUGCUGCAUACAUGGAGCAUAUCGGCGAGGUGCCGAAGAUCGCAUCGCUCAACCUCCCGAGUGAUGAGAUGAUGGCAAUCAACUGUGAAUACGGUGCCUUUGACUCUUUUGAUCACAAGCACCUGGCACGCGUGCGUAACCGCUACGACGAGCAUAUUGAUCUAUCGUCGAACAAGCCUCACGAGCAAGCCUUUGAGAAGAUGAUCGCGGGACUGUACCUUGGCGAAAUCUUCCGUUUGAUCGUGUGCGACCUCGUGUAUCAAAACGGUCUGUUCCUGGGUCAAGAGACGUACAAGCUAGAGAAGCCCUAUUCGUUCGACACAACUUUCUUGUCGCUCAUUGAGACGGACCCUACAGAGGAACUUUUGACAGUCAUGGGUCUAUUUAAGUACUUCUUCUCUAUCGAGACGGAGCUAGAGGAGCGCCAAUUCUUCCGCCGUCUUGCCCAGUUGAUCGGUACGCGCUCGGCGCGCCUAAGCGCCUGUGGCAUUGCAGCGAUUGUCAAGAAGAAGGACUUACUGGCUGACGGCGGCUGCACUGUGGGUAUCGACGGCAGUCUGUACUCAAAGUAUCCAAACUUUGCGGACCGCCUGCAUGAUGCACUGAUCGAGAUUCUGGGGCCGGAGGGCAAGUCGAUUCAGACUCGCCAGGCUGAAGAUGGCUCUGGUGCAGGUUCCGCCGUGAUUGCUGCGAUGACCAAGGCUCGUAAGGAUGCAGGCAUCUACUCGCAUGUCUAA